AUGAACUCCACAUUCACUUUUCUGCUCUCCAUCGGGCUAUGUCUGCACUGCAAGGUUAGGGCACAGACGGGAUCUCUGCCCAAGCCUUCCCUCUCAGCCCUCCCAGGCCUGGUGGUGGAGCCUGGGAAGCAUGUGACUCUCCUGUGCAGGCAGACCCCUCAGGCAGCACUCUGGACAGCAACAUUCACUCUGCUGAAGGUGGGCAGAGCUCAGCCCCUGCAGAGCCAGAACACAUCUGGCACCUCAGCUGUCUUCCCCCUCCUCUCUGUGAAGUCCCAGGAUUCUGGCAACUACACCUGUGUCUACUAUGAAAGAACGCCUCCAUACCAGGUGUCAGAGCCCAGUGAUGCCCUAGAGAUCUUGGUGACAGAUGCACUCCCCAAGCCUUCCCUCUCAGCCUGGCCUGGUCUAGAGGUAGUCUCGGGGGGCAAUGUGACCCUCCUUUGCUGGGGACCCUCAUGGAUACCUAGGUUUGUUCUGUAUAAGGAGGGAAUUGAGGGAAUCCUGCACGGCAUGGAAGCCCAUGAAGACCGGGGCAGGUUCUUCUUGACCCAUGUAACCUCCAAGGACUCUGGCAAUUACAGCUGCAGCUAUCAGCUGGGCACCAAUGAAAGUCUCUGGAAGCAGUCUAGUGAUGCCCUGGAGCUUCUUGUAAGAGAAGUAAGAGGUGAGAGGAGCCUAAUAGGCAGGUACUGGUAACCACUCCAUUCCUCAGACCCUACAA